AUUAUUCAUCGCUAUAUACAUAUCAAGAUUCUAGAUCCUAACCAUUUAGUGCUAACUCUACAUGGAGUAUUCAACAAACGGAGCUUAUUCUAUAGUCCGAGAAUGGAGUGCUACUUUCCAUAUGUGGGGAUCCUUUAUGGAGGUUUAGAGAAAGGCUAAGUGGAAGGAUUAAGGUUAUCAGGUAUCAUCAAUAUCGUGGUUCGAAAGUAGGAAAAGAACGAGAACAUAUUGAAGAAACCAUCCCUAACAACAAGCCCAAAACAUGGAGGAUUCUCUCGAUAAUCUUGUAGCCCGUAUUGCUACGAGUGCAAAAGUUCUCAGCUCAUCCACUUCAGCCUCUAAAACUCUCCUUGCAAGCACUAAUGAUCCCGUCAAUGAUUCACGAAAUGAGCUGGCUCAAAAGGCGAGACAGGAUAUCUCAUAUGCUGCUCGAGAGAUCUUACUUUUAGUCAGCGAGCCCAAUGACUAUCUUGAACAGCAUCAAGUAAAUGUAAGCUUCAUUUUAAUUAUCCUUCUGCAAUAGCUUGUUAUCCCACUCGAAUCUUGUACCACCACUCCAAGUACCUCCGUACCUGUCCUUGCAUAUUUGAUUGAUAUGAAACACCUGAUCUGACACACCACGUGCAGUAUCAGCAACUCUCUUGUCUCAAAUGGCUCUUGCACUUCAAUAUACUCAACCACAUACCACUCGAGGAGCCCAUACUAUUCAGUACUGUCGCGGAAUCCGCAAAUGUUCCCCUCAGCAGACUUAAAAGUGUCGCCCGCAUGGCCAUCACGGGUGGCAUGCUUUCUGAGCCUCGACCAAAUUACCUUGCCCAUAGCCGUAUUUCAGCACAAUUCGCAACAAAGAAUAACUUGAUUGAUUGGGCCAAGUUCAUGACACAGUAUUCUGCGCCUACAGCGGAAAAGUUUACAGAAGCGACUGCUCGCUGGGGUGACACUUCCGAGAAGAAUCAAACAGCUUACAAUGUCGCGUUUGGUACUGAGUUGCCUUUCUUUGGGCAUCUGGCUCAGUCGCAGGAUAGGUCAGCUACUUUUGCAGCUUAUAUGCGUAGCUUGAACAAUAGCCAGGGGAUUGCUUUGAAGCAUAUCUUGGGGGGCUUUGAUUGGGGUUCUCUUGGAAAAGCAAACAUUGUAGAUGUUAGUUAUCCUACUUCUUUCCUAUUCACAGUAACCCCAAGCCCUUUAUCUAUAUACACAAAGCCCAUUUCUCUCCAACACAUAAUUGACUUUAUUAGGUCGGCGGCUCAACCGGACAAGCUAGCAUUCUCCUCGCAACACACUUCCCGGAAUUUUCAUUCCUAGUCCAAGACCUCCCAGAAACCAUUGCCAAUGCCCCCGGCGUCAUAUCCAGCCUUGACACCAGCAUAAAAUCACGCAUAAAUUUCUCCGCUCAUGAUUUUCGGACUCCGCAACCGGAGUCCGUAGCACAGAAUACAGACAUCUUUUUCCUCCGCAAAAUUAUCCAUGAUUGGCCUGCAGGAGAUGCUCGUAUCAUUCUCUCGCACUUAUCUCAAGCCCUGCAAAAACCAGGAGCUCGUAUCAUUAUUAUGGAUACGAUACUUCCGGAGCCGGGGAGUGUACCGGCUUCCGAAGAGGCAGCUCUUCGAGUGAGGGAUCUGACCAUGGCGCAAAGUUUUAAUAGUGGGGAAAGGGAAUUGAGUGAGUGGGUGGAGUUGUUUGAGAGUUCAACGCCGAAGUUGAAGUUGAGGGAGUGGAAGAAACCGCAGGGGAGUGUGAUGAGUGUUAUGGUUGUUGUGAGAGAUGAAUAAGAUUUUAGAAGUUAGUGAAGGGGUUGAAAGGCUACAGUUAAAGGUUAGAAAUAAAGUUGUGAGCUUUCCUGUCACUUGUGCGAAGAUCCACAAUUAGGCUAUGGAUUUAAAUCAUGUUACGCCGAAGUUUAAGUCUCGAAACGGACGUGAUGUGUACUCCAACAGCUUAUAGAGCGAGUAGUAGUCUUACUGUAUAAACUGGGCUGAUAUUUAGACUUUACUAGCCUCAUCAGAUUCUCAUGUGAACACGUCAUUUUUCCUCAGACAUCUGACUUCUGC